AUGUCAUCUGCAAGAUCUGAGCACCUCACAUUGGGCUAUUUACCACAACCCUCAGCUGGCCUUUCACGAUCAAACUCCUCGACGGCCAAUAAUUCUCCCACAGAAGCCUCCAGCACGAGCGCUCUACGAUCCCCAUUCGGUGUGCCAGGCGGAUUGAACUCAGCAGGAAAGAUGGCUGGCAACACGCGAUCGGGGGCUGGUUCUCCUUCGCAUGAUCUAGGCAGCUCCAGCAGAGUCUAUUCAAAAAGAGCGCGAGAAAUCCAGGCCCAAGAAGGUGUCCCAGUCAACGUAUGGGGCCCUGGACCUCCCACGAGCGGAAAUUCGACUCCCCUUCGCGAGAAUAUUCCCGAAUCUCCUACAGACGGUUUCCCAGACUUUACACAUCUGCCAACACCAGAAAGCCUUCCACAAGCCAGACGAGCUCGAGCAGGUACAGUUCCAUCCCGGUUUUCCCCGGGUGGUGCUCCAGGAUUGACUGGGUUGCCUUCUUUGAUGGCAAAGACCUCUCGCCCAACACCGUCUCCAAGUCCAUUCAAAUCGCCAUCUCCAAAUCUGGGUGAUAUUCAAGAUGCGAGCACUGCAAGUAACGCAGCAUUGUUAUCGCGUCUGCGAGCUGGAUCCAUGCCCCAGCGAAGCCAAUACGCUCCUAGUGCCACGUCUCCAUUUGGCGUCUCUGUGUUCUCUUCGAACUGGGCAUCAGGACGUGAGAGGACAUCCACUCUAGCCAGCAUUCAGAGUCAGGGCUCCAAUGGACCAAGUUCUCCCGCACAAUCAUCAUUUUCAAGGGAGGGAGCUGCGGACAACGAGAUGAGAACUUUGGAUUAUCUUGGACUGGCAGACACCCCACAACCUCCCCGGGCUCAAUUGGUCAACCCAUUUCUUGCUAACAUUGCCGAUAUGUCAAAAGCAAAUAGCCGAUUCCGAUCAUAUUCCGUUAACGCAAAAGAGAAAUACGCCGAGGAAGAAGACGACGAUGAUUAUGGCAGUGGCGGUUUGACUCCUUACGAGACACAGCAAGCACAGCUGCAAAUGCAGCUCGCGGCCACAAAUGCGGCGAUUCAGCAGCACAACUUGGCCGUUCAGGCUUUUGCAAACCAGGCUUCAUCCAACAGACCAAGAGCAAGAACUGCUGGUGUUUUGGAGUCUCCGGCCACGAGACUUCUUCGAAAUUAUUAUCCUACCGCAUCCAGACUUGAUAGUAGCCUUAAUGCUUCUGAUAUCCACAUUUCAGAAUCUCAAGAAUACGAAAGCUUGCCUGAGGCUGUUGCUGCCAUGACUUUAGGUCGCUCGAAUAGCCGCAAUGAUGGACAUUUGAAUCCCGAUGAUAGUCAAGAAGGCCCAACUAGAGCACUUUGGCUUGGAAGCAUUCCAUCUUCAACGACCGUCUCCACCUUGAUGGAAAUGUUUAAAUCACAUGGCCCUAUCAUAUCCGCUCGAGUGCUAACCCACAAGAACUGUGGAUUCGUCAACUUUGAGCAUCUGGAAAGUGCCAUAUCUGCCAAGGGAUUAAUGAACGGAAAGGAGAUCUUCCCAGGAGCUGGACCUGUCAGAAUCAACUUUGCAAAGCCGCCAUCCCCAUCCGGGACCCCAGGACAUGACGGGGCCUUCCCAUCACCAAGUCCUGAUCCAUUUGCCAAGGAGAAUAGCAAUGGUGGUGCCGAAGCUCCAGGUGCUACCGCUGGCGUGAUCUCUCGCCCGGGUACUGCUCCAUUGGUCAUGCCAGCACUUCGAGACCUGAAAGCUGAGAUCCUCAAUAUUGUUGGCGAAUUUGGAGCAAGCCCCGAGGACAAAAUCAAGAUAACCCAGAGCCUUGAUAAUGCGAUCAUGUACGAUAAAUAUGAGGCCGAGAUUCCACCUAUUCCAGAGCCAUCACCAAAUCGGGUGCAUGAUGCGCCAAAACUUCGAGAAAUUCGCAAGCGUAUUGAUAAUCAGAGCUGGUCGCAAGCUGAGAUUGAAGGGAUUGCUGCAGAAAUGCUUCCUGAGAUUGCUGAGCUUUCGCCUGACUACUUGGGAAACACUGUUGUGCAAAAGUUAUUCGAGCACUGCUCUGAUGACAUGAGAGAUGCUAUGCUUGCCGAGAUUGCACCACACUCGGCUGAGAUUGGUAUUCACAAGAAUGGUACCUGGGCAGCACAAAAAAUAAUCGAUUGCUCAAGAAGUCCAAGACAAAUGGGCAUGCUCGUCUCAAAUCUCCAGCCAUACACCGUUCCUUUGUUCCUUGAUCAAUAUGGAAAUUACGUGCUUCAGUGCUGCUUGAAGUUUGGGUCUCCUUUCAACGAUUUCAUAUUUGAAGCUAUGCUUAGCCAGAUGUGGAAGAUUGCAGAAGGAAGAUUUGGUGCCCGGGCUAUGAGAGCUUGUCUUGAGUCUCACCACUCGACCAAGGACCAACAACGACUGCUCGCUGCGGCCAUUGCCCUUCACAGUGUCCAGUUGGCCACCAACCAGAAUGGCGCCCUGUUACUGACAUGGUUUCUUGAUACAUGCACGUUCCCACAGCGUAGGACCGUGCUGGCACCACAGCUUGUGCCACAUCUGGUCCACCUUUGCACUCAUAAAGUGGCUUACCUCACCGUGCUGAAGGUCAUCAACCAGAAAGCCGAACCAGGAGCCCGUGAUGCUAUCUACAAAGCUCUCUUCUUCUCUCCUAACGACGAGACGCUUGAGGCUAUCCUCUCAGAUCAUGCUUGCGGUGCCACUCUUAUCUUCAAGGUCCUCACCACUCCUUUCUUCGAUGAUACCAUCCGAGCACAAGUAUUUGAGAAUGUCCGAAACGUGCUCUUGAGACUCAAGGCUCAACCAGCACAGGGCUACAAACGACUUAUGGAUGAGGUUGGUUUGUCUACCAGAAAUGGUAGCACUGGACCCAACCAUAGCGAGCAUAGAUCUGCCAGUCACUCAGUUGAGAGAACACGUCCAGGAUCGAAUCACAGCCAGGUCAAUGGUCACGUCCCUCCUCAAUAUGCCAAUCAAUUCUUCCCUAGCAUGCAGCCAGCUCAAUAUGAUGCCGGAAUGGGUAUGCAACGCACUGAAAGCAUGGAUUCUAAUCUCGCACAAAACUAUGGACUGCAAAAUCCAAUGUUCUCUGCAAAUGGAUAUGUUGUCCCUCCUGUGAGCAUGCAGCAAUUUCAGCAAAACUUCUUGGCCCGUACCAAUCCUCCAAUGAGCAACUUUUAUCCACAAGCUGGAUUCUAUAAUAACGCAAGCCCAUCCCCUGAUCAUUUCAGGAACCAAGGACAGAGCGGCAGUGUCAUUCAACCUCCAAAUAUGACUCCAAGUCCAAUGCUUGGCCAAAAUCCAUUUGCUCCACCUGGACUUUUCAAUAAUAUGCAAAUGGGAGGUGCUGCGUAUGGAUAUGCCGGUAUGGGGAUGCAAGGCGCUGGAUAUGGCAUGCAGCAACAGGAACAGCCGGUCAAUGGAAGGCGGGGCAGGCAGAGAUAA